ACGGUUUUAGCAAAGCUACCAGCUGGUCGGAAAUUAAUAUAAAAAAAAAUAAACACAAAUAUAGCUCUAGUAGUGUAUCAAAGUGGAAAAAAAUAUAUAAUAAAUUAAUAAGUCAACAUUGCACAAAAAAUAAAAAAAGGAAAAUUUGAAAGAAAAUAACAAAAUAGAAGAAAAUACACAAAAAAUAAAACAAAAAUAUACCUACAAAAAAGUAAAAGAAUAAGGGAAAAUCAAUUUUUUCCUCUGCAACCAUUUAAAAUCAACUUAGUCUACUCAUAAGUGUGUGUGUUCUUUCUAACGUUUGUGUAUACGUGUGUGUUUGUUUGAAAGUGUUUAAAUUACGUUAAAAACACAAGAACACUUUUUACAAUUCCCAGUUAUAAAAUGCUUUAAAAUUAAUCAUAUAAAACGUAGUAAAAAACGAAAAAGAAAAAAAAAAUAUUUGCAAAAUAAAUCCCACUCAUCUAAAAAUAACAAAACAAGUUAAAAAUUUUAUUCAACCAAUAUGGCCACAUCAUCCUCUUCAAACUCCUCAUCAAGUCGUUUGGGUAGUGCUUCUCCUUCAACUUCGGUUAUAUGUCAAGAAGUAUUCGAUGAGUCUUGUCAACCCUCUGAAGAAGAAAUCAACGAUUAUGCUGUAUUGGUUGGCAUUGAUCCAGUUAAAGAAACACAUUUGCUGUAUUUGGCUAAAGAAGGUUUAAUGCAGGCCCUGCCCGAUGAUUGGAAAAUAUGUUAUUCAGAGGAAAAAUGUGGUCAUUAUUAUUAUAAUCUAAAAACAAAAACCUCACAAUGGGAACAUCCACUCGACGAUGUUUAUCGUAAUUUAGUAGAACAAGCAAGACAAAAGCAUCAAAAUGCGGCAGCUUUACAAUCACAAAACAAUACGACGAAUGUCAUCAUCAGCGCCCUCACUAAUACCACCAAUUCAACGACAACCUCAAUAGCUCCUACAACAACCACUACCAAUGUGGUGGAUAAUUCAGAUGAUGCCUCACAAUUAGAUUCGGGUAUACGUAGUUUACAGGGCACCGAUGAAUGUGAUAAUACUACCAAUACUUUGGAAAUGUCUUCACCCAGUACAACGCAAAUGACUCAGGGAGCUAUACCUAAACAGAGUAACACGAGUAUGGGAGGUGGCAAUGGUAGCAGCGGUUGUGGUAGUUUAACUACCAACAACUCCUCUUCUUCCUCUAACACUCCCAGUGGUUUUAGUGGUGGUGUUAGUCGUUUCUUGGAAUCGAGAACGAAAAAUUUUGGUUCCACUUUUAUGCCGGUAAAGAAUACUCGCUUUGAAGUGGCCAAAACAAAUCCCCAGUUAGGUUUCAAUAUGCGUUUGUCUAAUGAUAAUAUAUUGCAAAAGUUCCCAUUGGCCAAUAAGCCGGAAACAGAUGCCUUAAGCCUCAAUGAAAAGAAAGGUUUUACUUUGUCGGGCACAGGAGCUAUGUUUUUAAAAUCACGUCGCCAAAUGGAAGUGGGUUUAAAUCAGGCUUCUGCCAUUAUCACCAAUCCGCACAAUAUUGUCAGUAAUAGUUCCAAUGUUAUAGUGGAGGGCAUGGCUGGUACACCUCCAGGUGUGAAAGGUAUUUUACGUGAUUCCAGUUUGACUGACAUGCGUAGACGCAUGGAAAAGGAUAAUCAUGAGGAGACAGGCGAUGAAAAAAGGCGUGUACAUUUUAAUUUAGAAGAUUGUUCCAAGAAUCGACAUUCACCCGAGGAAGAUCCUAGUAGUUCGAGAAAAUUGACUCAAAGUCCUGAAGUAUCGGCCAAUUCGGAUGAUGAUGCUGAAGAUGAUGAUCCCUGGGAUGAUGACGAUGAAGAUGAUGGUGAGGAGCUAAAUGAUUGUGUGGGUAUUGGCAGUUUGCCUUUAGAUGGUGUGGCCUAUCAACGUAGCCUUAAUCCAUUCCUUAUCAAUGAUGAAAAACAUCUCAAAGAGGUUAAGAUAAUACCUGUUUCCAAGACUCAAACUAUACAAAUGUUAAAAGCUCAAAGCUUUUCUAUGGAUUUGCCUGAACGUGAAAAAGCCAAAGUCACCGAUUUGACUAGAUCGCAAAGUGUGGAACAUGCUCAAAUCUCAGUCAAUAACUCAGCCGUGCAAUAUUUGGAUAAACUGAAAGAAACAACCACAGUUAAACCUCUUUACGAGGAUACCGAUUCCGAUUCUAAAGGCAGUUCCGUUAGAAGCUUUAUAAUCAACAAAUCCGAACAAGAUUCUUUACAGUCGGCGGUUCCAUCCAACAAUCCUUUCGAUUUAGAUGAACUAGAUCGUAAACACAGUCGUGAGGUGGAACAAUUGGAAAAGAAAUUACAAUCGGUCAAUAGUGAAAAAUCGGCCGCAAGAUCCCUAAAAGUGGCUUCCAAAAUAGUGAGUUUCCUAAAGAAAGACACCGAGAAAGUGGCGGAAAAAAAUAAAGAGGAGGAAAUGGAUAAGACUGCCGAUAAUAUGCAGGAAAAAUUGGAGAAAGAAAAACAACUAUGGCUGAAAGAAGAACGUGAGCGUUUGGAGGAACAAUUGCAAAAAGAAAUCGAUUUGAUUAAGAAAGAACAUGAGCAGAAACUGAAGAGUAUACGUCAUGAAUAUGACUUGCGUUUGACCUCACAUCGCCAUCAAAUGGAGGAGGCUAUCGAGUUGCAAUUUGAGGAAAUACGCCAUCAAUUGGAAGAAGAAUUGGAUACUAAACGCAAGGCAGUGGUAGAUGAACAUAAGGCGCAAAUGUGUACCCUACAAAAGAAUCAUGCCGAGAUAUUGGAAGACUUAGAAAGAGACCUCAAGAGUGAGGAGGAGAUAUUGAAAAAGGAACAUGCCUUGAAACUAAACGAAAUGAAGGAUAAACUUAAUCAUGAACUAGAGCUAGAGAGACAAAGAAUGCGAGACAAUGGCGAAGAUAGACUCUAUGAGAAAGUGCGCUGUGAAAAACGUCUUCUAGAAGAUAAAUAUAGAUGCCUCAAGGAGAAGUAUAUAAGACUAAAGACCGAUGUUAAACUAUCAUUGGAAAGAAGAAAUCGUAGACGUGAAGCGCAAGCUUUACAGCAGCAAAGUUUACACACUUGUACCACGGGUUCGGAAACAGAACGAUCCAUAUCGAAUAAGCCUUCUAUAGGCAACAGUGAUAAUCGUUCUCUCUCUUAUUCUACUUCGUGUCAAAAUAGUGUUGGUGUCUCUACCAAUACCACGGGCAAGAAUGGAAAACCUCCUUUGCCACCCAAAACACAUCUACAUCCUCCCGGUAAAGGUGACUUGCAGCAGCAGCAUCAUAGUGAACGUAGCACUGAAAAGGGUCCUGCUGCGGCAACACGUAAGCCGGGUAUAGCCUCUAAAUAUAUCAAACACUUGCAGGCCCAGGAUGAUACUACUUCAAUGAGUCAAUCGGAUACUACUAUUUCCAAUAACUAUUCCAAGGGACGUUACUUGCCGGCACCUCAGCCCAUAUUAAGUGAUAAUGGCAAUUCGGAUUCCGAAGCUUUCCAAAGUAAUCAAGAGAACAAUAAUAAUUCUCGCGGAGGAGGUGGUGUACAACGUAAGAAACAGUUCUCACCAAAAUCCGCCUCUACUUCACGUCUCAACAAUUCUGAAAACUUUAAAUCGGAACGUCCUUGCACACCAGUCGAAAAUCUACGACAUCAAUUGCAAAAGCUGGAAGAUUUAGAAGAUCAAUUUCCCGAAAAUACUCUGGAUGCUACCUAUCAUUUGCGCUAUCCCUUCUCGGAUAUAUCCAAUGCUGAUUAUGCAGCUGCUGGAGCGGCCAGUUCGGAAUUGGAAUUCUUUAAACAUCGCAUACAUUUAGAGCGUGAUUCGGUGCGUAGAGCCAAAGAAUCUUUGCGCACCCAAAGAACCAAUUUCCGAGCCAGACAACGAGAGAUCAAACAACGUCACAAGGCCAUGGUUAGUCGCCACAGUUUGGAUCAAUUGAUACAGGAAGAAAAAGAGCUUACCGAAAUGGAGGUUAACUUGCAUCGUACCAGAGCUUUAUUGGGUGAAAAGGUCAUACGUUUAAGACACUUGGAACAGAGUCUUUUGCGUAUUUAUGAAAAAGAAAAACCUACCAUGGAUCUAUUGGGUGUGGAACAGAAAGAGGAUGCCACGCUCAGUGAUUUAUCCUCACACUCUAGCUCAGGUUUUAGCAGCACUGAUUUUGCCAGUGGUGAUACACAGAAUCUCAAUAAACGUAAAGAUCUAUAUCAAUUGGAAUCGAAUGACUGCAUUAAGAAUUUGGAAAUUUUGAAUGCAGAAAUACGAGAGAUUUUAGAUUUGUUGGGUAAAACGGGACAACAUGGAGCCUUAAGCGCUCCCAUGAUCUCACCCUCUGAAUUGAAUUGGUCACAUAUGUUAACUACUGGAACGGUAGCAACCAAUAAUCCCUCAUCAGAUCGUUUGGAAACCUAUAGACAACUUGCCUCGGGACGCAUGCAGAAUUCUAUUAUAGCAGCCAAUACCAUAGUCUCACAAAAUCCCCGAGCCGUCAGCUAUACCACCAGUCUGGUGGAACGUACCAGAGAUUUACGCAAUUGGUUAAGACAGGCUAAAAAUGAACAUGAACUCUUGAGCAGCAUGACCUUGGGUUUAACCGGUGUACAUCCCACUAAUCAAUUGACUGCCACUGCAGCCUUAGGUGCUAGUGGCAGCGGUGCCGGCGGUGGGGGAGGACCACAAACGAAUCUAUAAUUAGAAGAUAAGGACACAAAAAUGCCCGGUAUGGUAUUCUGUUGUUGGCGUAAACAGGCUACAUUGGUCUAAACUUAAACGUUUUCCACACACACAAAAAGUAAGGUUAGAAAUGAAUGGUUGUUUUAUUAAAAUAUUUUAUAGCAAAUGAGUAAGAAUGUGUUAAUGGUGCCAAAGUUAAUAAGAGAGAAUUAAUAAGAGUUGUUGCUAAACAAAACCAAAAAGUUUUAAAGAAAACAAAAAAGAGAUUUUAAAUAAAUUUAUUAAAAAAAUAUUAAACUAAAUAAAUGUUAAAUUGAGGGUAAAGAAACAACACAAGAAAACUUUAUAUUAAAUUAUACUAUAAUUAUAAAGAUUUAUUAUAGGAAAUAUUAUACAAAAAAGAAAACUUUAUAACUUUAAUAUAAUUUUAAAACUCUCUUACACUCUUUCCCUCUCUCUCUCUAACCCUGCUAACUUUAUGUUAAUUUAACAACAAACAGUAUUUUCUUUAAAUUUUAUUAAAGAAAACUUAACUGUUUGAUUAACUAAUUAAAAGACUUUAAAACCCCUCCCUGUUUUUUUUUUUUUUUUUGAAAAAAAAUAGCAUUUGCUAUAAUAAUAUUUUUUACAUAUUAAAAGAAAACUAAUAAUGUUUGCACAAAUCAUUUGAAAGCCUACUCUUAGGCAGUAAAUUGUUUAAAAAAUAAUAGCCUACUUUAAGGUGUUGGCUUUCUAAAACGAUUUGUGAAAUCUUUUUUUUAAUAUUCCUGUAAAAGUUUUGUGGUUUCUUAGUAAAUAAAAAAUGGAAAAAAUUACUGGUACACGUUAGACUGAUUGCACGUUUUAUAAGGCAUUAAAUUGUGUUUAUUCUUUUGUAAAACCCCUUUUUAUGUUUUUUUAAUAAAUUAAGAACUAAUUUAAAUUUUCCAAAAUAAAAUUAUUGUUAAAGUAAAUUUUUAAAACAAAAUUAGGAAAGUAAUAAUUAUAUGAUAAAAUAUGGCCAAUUCUAGACUAAAUACUUUACAUCAUAGAGAAAAAUGUAUAACAUAAACUUGAGCUAUUAGGAAAUUGGCUCAAAGAGAGCUUCUAAUACGAAAGUGUCACUUUCUAUUAGGGAAUCUAAAGUAGUUUGGAUUUGAAUUAAUAUAACACUUGAAAAUUAAAGUCAUUUAGUGUUCUGUUAAGUUCAAAGUGCCGUCACUUCAUAAAAAGCUAAGUUUAAUUAUGUCAACCUAGUGGUUACAGGAGUCUAUAUUAUUCAUUGCUUCCAGAAACCUCCCGGUUUCAUUGAUUCAGUUGAGCAUAUAAUGAAAAUUUAUCCUAGAUAUGUAGUUACUUCAUAUCUUAAAGAAAAGGGAGUACCGAAGUAUCGCUCUCUAUUCUCUUUAAAUGUCAAGCAAAUGGAUAGUAGAUAUAACACUGUCUAAUCUUCUUCCUCUUCCAUAUGAUAGCUUCUACAGUCAUCAUUAUAUUCAAGACCUAGUCUUCCGGCAAGCGUCACUGGUACACAGCACUAAUAAAAGUAUUCUUAACUGCUCUCUACGGAAGCUUGGAAGCGUAUCAUAGAGAGGACAGGUAUUCUUCAUAUCGUUCUAUUUAAACGUACAAUUUUCUCAUUCCGCUAGUCUUAUUAUAAUCUAAUUUGGAAUUUCAUCAAUGAAGUAGCCAACGCCCUCUCUUCCCCUUCUCCUAGAUUCUUAACAAUUAUGGAAACUUUUAAACUUUACGUCCUUGCAUCCCGGUCUGCUGGAGCGUCCAACUCGAACGUUAAUCGUUAAGGAAAAUCAAAGUAACUUAGCGUACCUAGAGAACCAAUUUCCAAGCAAAACAAUAAAAGAUCAAACAACUUUAUAAGGCCAUGUUCAAUCGAAACUGGAAACGCAACUUAUCAUUCAUGCCCUUCUUUCUCUGAUAAUGCAGCUCCAAUUCGAAUGUGAAUCGGUAAGGAAAGCCAAAGUAACUUAGAGUACCUAGAGAACCAAUUUCCAAACAAAAUAGUGAUCAAUCGAAACUUAAAACUCAACUUAUCAUUUAUGCCUUCCUUUCUCUGAUUAUGUAGA